AUGUUCGAGGACUUCUCCUUCUCGUCUCCCUCAUCACGACCCAGUCACUUGGCAGUGGAUGCAGAUGACCGGCUUAUGGUCGACUGCGAUGGCGCUCUGAUUUCGCCCUUGUCGUCGCGAUGCCCCUCGCCGCAGUCGCACCGGUUCCGCACUCUGUCCCGCCCCCGAUCCUCCUACUUUCGCUCCCAGCAGCCGCCUCCGACCUCCGUGCCUUUCCCAUACGAUCAAAAGCGUCUGUCAAUUUCGACUCUCACCCAGAAAUUGCAUGAGCACACCCUGCAGACCCCCAGCCGCGGAGAGAUUCCCGAUCCUGGGUGGUUACGGAACAAUGAGGCCAGACUGUCCAACCGGUAUUCAGGCUAUGUCCUGACGCCACCGGAUACUGAUCACGAUGAAGACGGACCCUGGAACUCCUCGCCUUCACUAUGUUCUAACCCCAGUCCAACGUCCAUUCCGCCGGAGUUUCCCCUUCUAGACAGACCAGAAGCUCAGAACCAGACCUCGAAUCUACCAGACCACCUGGACGUCCGGAUGCAACGACAGCAUAUCUCACAACUGCAAUGUAAUGAAGGCGAUAUCGAUGCAAUCCGCCGAACUAUCAUGACGGAGGACUCCUUCCCUCCGGACACGCGCGAAGAUGACUGCCACCCUAGUUCGUUGCCACCGCGGUCCUCCCCACGGCGCAGGGCACCCACAUUGCACCGCAGCCGUUUUGGGCCAGCGGAUUCUUCGGCGGGUGAGUCCCGCGGGCGAAGAAGAAGCAGCUCAGCCGCCAUGCAGCCGCACCGGAUAGAGAAAAGCCACUACAAUUCCCACACGGGGCGGGAUGCUUCCAAACGAGGCGAUCACCAUGGUCUCCGCAGGAAGAGCAUGGUGAGUGCGGCUCUAGCAUCAGUGGUGGAACAGCCUUGA